UUACGAUUGGUAACGGAUAUCCGCACUGUUUGAUCUAUUCACAAUCCACGGUUCGUUAACGAUGUGGUGGUCGGUUUAAUGUAUUUAAAACGUUGUAUUGUAUCGUUGGGUGUCAUUGUUGUGAAAUAUACCAUGAAAUAUUUUGAAAUUCGUGACAGUUAUUUACGGAUAUCGUAAUUUAACGGUGUCGCGACUACGUGUAUUUCGGUUUUAAAUCCAGAAACUUUUUUGCUGUUAAAUUGGUGUGUAUGUUCUGUUUCGUUUUCCGUGAGACAAUCCAUAAUAUAAAACUAUACUAAGUAUGAUACAAACAUUUAUUAAUCACAAAGCAUUACUUGAUAGCGAAAUAUUAUUAAUUGUUUGUGUUCAUAUCGAGUUAAAACUAAUCAAUUGUAACUGCAGCCAUGAAUGUUUGAGUAUUGAAGAAGAAUAGAAAAAUUGAGGAAGAAUAUUCUCGUUUAGGUCUUGACGAUAUUAAGUAGGAAAUCUUCAUUCGUCGCGAUGAGCAAAGAUUAUGUACCACUUAGUCGAUCAUCGACUUCAAACAAACCAUUAUUGUACCCGAACAAAAUAUUGUCCAAUAUUCCACCGUGUUUUUCAACUUCUCCUCGUAGAACAUGUUCACCCUCGGUGUUUUACGAUGAUACCGGUUGGAACGAUGAGAGAGAGAUCAGACAGUUCUUGGACACCGUCCCGGUCGUGCCGAAAUUGCCGAAAAUGCCGGACAUCAGUAAAUAUUUGAAUAAGAGCAAAACUGUACAACAAAAGAAAAAAACAAGCGAUCGUAGUGCUAUAAUCAAAAACUAUAUGAACGAGUGCGCUGUAACUCAGAAAAUUGACUUGAUGAUGGCUAGAAAAUCGACACCGGCUGGACGUCAAGAAGAAGUCAAGAUGCCGCAGAUUUACUAUCAUAAGCUGCUCAGGGGUUUUGCUGAUGAAGUAGAACCGACUUCUAUGCAAGAAUCGUGGAUAGAAAAUAUACUCGAAAAAUCGGAAACUGUGCGCUGGAAAAGAACUAAAGUUUCGGCGUCUCUCAUAGACGAAGUGAAAGCUGAAUAUGUUAAAGUGAUAAAGAAGCUGCAAGUUGAAGGUAUUGUAAAGCCUAUCCCGGACUCUGAUCAACCGUUACCGGUAACACCGCGGGAGAAACCUUUGAUUACGGCUGUGGGGGGUAAAACCAAAAACUAUCCGUUGUUUUUGAAAAGAAAAAAGCUUUUGAUGAAACGUUUACACACCACUCAUCCGACUACGAUCAAUAUACUGUAUUUUACAAAACGACAGGUCCCUAAGAUGAUGAUCAACGCCGAAUCUUAUAAAUUUAACGAAUUUUCUCGAGACCUCGAUGACUUAAUGGCUACUUUAGAACAUGACUUCAGAAAGCAAGAGACGUACUUGACUAAGGACUGGUACAAGAAAAUCAUAUUGAUUUUAAUAAAAAGAGGCGCAAUAGACGGCAUCACAUCGAACACACUUCCGCAAUUUCUUAAAGGUGUAACAACUAUUAUAAGUUUGGAAAUGGAACGUAUGAUAUUAAAAUCAAUUGAUCAUAUAGUGAAAGUAUUUGGAAAUGCAACUACGGCACCUAAAUUAAAUUUUAAGUUACAAUUUAUUGGUUCUAAAUGUAUUAGCACACCUAGUGUGAGUGAAAUAUAUGAUCAAUACUGUUCGGUUUUGAAUUUACUCAACACUGCUGUCAGUGAAUUACCAUCCUUGGAGUAUCGUUUCGGUGUACCGGUAAAUUCUCAGUUUAUUUCAAUCAAGCGUGGUCGACAGAAUUUAGAUGAAGCGAAAUGUAAUUUGGCCGAAAAACUGAAUUUUAUGUAUAAUGAACUGACGGCGUACUUGAAGAAAUUAGCAAAUGAUUUCAGUGAAGUUGUAAAUGAAAAUCAGCGCAAAGAUCUUUCUAGGUACCUGGAGGAGCCUCACACGUACGACGAGCUGUUAGGAAAGUUAAAUUGGUUUCAGAGUUAUAGGAACAAGGCUAUAGAGCUGGUAGAUGGUUGGAAUUUCGAACUCGGAAAUAUUGACCAGAUUGAUAUGAAAAAUCAUCUAUGUGAUUUAGCCAAGAGCUAUAUGGAUCAAAUCAUUGAGCACAUAGUUUUCAAGCAACUUAGUAACGAUGAGAAGCCUUCGUUAGCUUGGGUAUGUUUUAAAUUCAACGAAAUGGUUUCGCGCGCCAUUUCCAAGCCGAAAAACUCUGAAGAAUUUCUCGCGCUCGGUGAUUACAUGUUGUACGCUAGCACCGCGUUUAUGACAGAGAUGAUCCAGACGACCAAAGAGUUGACGGUGAUCGCAUGCAACAUAUCUCAGUACGCCGUGCUGCCUGGAGAAUUUUGGGAAGCCCACGCGUCCGCGAUCAAGUGGAUACAAAACAUAUCUCCAGUUUUCUUCAAAUAUUCCACUAUUUACGAAGCCGGAAAAUCGAACGCAGAAGAAAACCUGGCAAAAGUGAUCAGCACGUUGAACUACGAUUUGGAUGCGUUUGCGCCUAACCUUGCAUUCUUAGAUCGUAUCGACGACGUGGACAAAUUGUACGAAUACAAACUGUUCGUCAACACGUUGCAAAGAAAAAUUGAAAAAUUUGAUGACACCGUCUCUUGGAUUAACAGGGAAGAAGAACUGUUUAACAAACCGAUCAGCACAUUCCCGGAACUCGAUGAAAUAAAAGAUUUUACGAAACCGUUCGUUGAUCUCAUCACAUUUUCCUACCGUUGGUUUUUGAAAAAGAAUAUAUGGAUGCGUGGCGAUUUCGAUACACUUACUUUAUCAGAAAUUGAGAUUACUAUCGAUGAGUUUUACAAAGAUGCGUCAAACAUGCAAAAACUAUUGAGAGUUAAGUGCAAAGAAAUGCUAUCACAAAACUACAGCAAAAGAUAUGAGGGUAUAAUUGACGAUAUUGACAUGAACUUGUGGCCUGCACCUUUGAAAAUAGCACACCAAACAAUAAACAGCAUGCAAGAGUUUAGACAAUAUAUGCCAAUGAUUAGAAUUAUGUGUAAUCCGGCUCUGAACGAGAGGCAUUGGGAAGAGAUGUCCGAACUCGUAGGGUUCGACUUGACACCAAAUGCCGGCACAACACUUACGAAAAUCAUUGAUUUGCAUUUAGAACAGCUAUUGCCUCAAUUUGAUAUUAUCAGUAUAAGCGCUACCAAAGAAGAACAGUUAUGCAAAUCGUUAGAAAAAAUGAAAGAAGAAUGGAAAACGAUUACGUUAUCCACCAGUCAGUACAAGAAUACACAAAUAAAUAUACUGGCCGGAUUAGAUGAUAUACAAGCGGUACUUGAUGAUCAUUUUUUCAAAACCCUAUCAAUUCGUGGUUCAGCGUUCGUUAAGCCUAUAGAAAGCGAAGUAAAAGAAUGGUUUGACAUAGUGAAUCGUAUGAUCAUGACACUUGAAGAGUGGGCAAAAGUACAGAACCAAUGGCUCUAUCUUAUGCCGAUAUUUAGUGCCGAGAACAUCGUUGCUCAAAUGCCGAACGAAGGAGUUCUGUUCGAUGAAACUAAUGUGAUUAUCAGAGGUUUACUAAAUUUAGUCGAUUCCGACCCAAUAGCCAUUAAAUGCGUUGGUCAAAAGGGUAUUUUAGAGUCAUUGGUCAACUGUAUCGAAAUGAUGGAAACUAUUAAAGUAGGCGUUAACAACUAUUUGGAGAAAAAACGUUUAUUUUUUUCGAGAUUUUUCUUCCUUUCGAACGAUGAACUGUUGGAGAUUUUAUCAGAAACAAAAAAUCCAAAAAGAGUUCAACCCCAUCUAAAAAAAUGUUUCGAAGGAAUCGCUAGUCUUGAGUUUAACAAGAAUUUAGAUAUCAUGAAAUUCUUAAGCAACGAAGGUGAAGAAAUCGUCCUCGUCCAAUGCAUUUCCACCGUAGACACAAGAGGAUGCGUAGAGAAGUGGUUGUUUCAGGUUGGAGAACAAAUGGUCACAUCGGUGAAAAAUUCUAUCGAAAGUGCUUACCACGAAUAUCCGACUAUAGAACGGACUACAUGGGUCCAAAAAUGGCCAGGUCAAAGCGUUUUGUGCGUCAGUCAAAUGUUUUGGGCCGCCGAAGUUCAUGACGUGUUCAUUGUGCAAAAAUCAGGACAAAUGCGAAAUUAUCACAAGUUUCUGACCGAGCAAUUGAACAGCACCGUGAAGUUGGUACGCGGUAAGUUGAAGAAGAAGACCAGGAUAACCCUGAGUGCGUUGGUUACGCUAGACGUGCACUGCAGACACGUGGUAGACGAGCUUGCCAACAACAACGUAACUUGUGACACCGAUUUCAAAUGGCUCAGUCAGUUGAGAUACUAUUGGGAAGACGACGUGCUGGUUCGUAUCGCCAAUGCGACCGUAAACUACGCGUACGAGUACCUGGGGAACACGCCCAGGCUGGUCGUCACACCGCUGACGGACCGAUGUUACCACACGCUGAUAAGCGCGUAUCGUAUGCACUUGAACGGCGCCCCCGAGGGACCGGCGGGUACAGGUAAAACGGAGACCGUGAAAGACUUGGCGAAAGCUUUGGCAGUGCAGUGCAUCGUGUUCAACUGUUCCGACGGUCUCGAUUACUUGGCGAUGGGUAAAUUUUUCAGAGGGUUAGCUUCAUCCGGAGCUUGGGCAUGUUUCGACCAGUUCAAUCGCGUCGGCGUUGAAGUGCUGUCCGUGGUCGCGCAACAGAUACUGACCGUAGCGCAAGCGGUGAGAUCGAACGCGGACCGUUUCGUUUUCGAAGGCGCAGCGAUAAAGUUAAACCCCAGAUGCUACGUUUGCGUUACCAUGAACCCAGGGUACGCUGGAACGUCCGAGUUACCGGAUAAUUUAAAGGUAUUGUUCAGAACUGUGGCUAUGAUCGUGCCGGACUAUGUGAUGAUUGGAGAGAUUUCGUUGUAUUCUUAUGGUUUUAUAAACGCAAGAGCAUUGUCUGUCAAAAUCGUUACCACAUACAAACUGUGCUCAGAACAAUUAUCAUCUCAAUCGCACUACGAUUUUGGUAUGCGAGCUGUCAAGACCGUCAUAAUAGCAGCUGGUAAUUUAAAGAUGAAAUUUCCUGAUGACGACGAAUCAGAAUUAAUGCUGCGAUCGAUUUUAGAUGUUAAUUCGGCCAAGUUUUUAAAUAAAGACAUUCCUUUGUUUAACGGUAUAAUUUCAGAUCUGUUUCCUGGUUUAAAAUUAUCAAAUCCAGUCCAUGAUGAUUUAAUUGAUGCCGCUAAGAUAGCUUGUUCAAAGAUCAAUUUACAGCCCAUUGACAUUUUUAUGGAGAAACUGAUUCAAACCUACGAAAUGAUGGUAGUUCAACAUGGUUUUAUGUUGGUUGGCAAACCAUUCGGUGGGAAGACUUCAUUGCUUCAUUUACUCGCGGAAACGUUAAGCUUACAGAAUAAACUAGGCCGAGGGGAACAAAAGGUUGAAUAUGAAACGGUGAAUCCUAAAGCAUUGACAAUCGGUCAACUAUACGGAUGUUUUGAUGAUGUUUCGCACGAAUGGACCAGUGGAGUUGUGGCCAAUAUAUUUCGAAAAUUUUCAAUGUCAGAUACCCUGGAUAGGAAGUGGUUAAUAUUUGAUGGUCCGGUUGAUGCAGCUUGGAUAGAAAACAUGAACACAGUAUUGGAUGAUAAUAAAAAGUUGUGCUUGAGUUCCGGUGAAGUAAUCGGUAUGCCGGACUGCAUGUCAAUGAUAUUUGAAGUUAUGGAUCUCGUACGGGCGUCCCCUGCAACUGUGUCUCGCUGCGGCAUGAUUUACUUAGAUCCUUUAAUGUUGGGUUGGAAGCCAUUAAUUGAAUCGUGGAUGAAAACAUGCCCAGAAUGUUGGUCUUUGGAACAAAACGGUAUUGACAUUAUAUGUUUAUUCAACUGGAUAACUCCUCCCUGUCUUAAUUUUUUGCGCCGUAAUUGCGCUCAAUUGAUUAACGCAGGAGAAACAAAUAUUGUUUUGAACGUUUUAAAUAUAUUGGAGAUGCAGCUAAAAACUGCGAGUAUUGAUAACCCGAGUUUUAACGAACAUUUUACGAAUCACUUGCAAGGGUCAUUUGUGUACGCAUCCAUUUGGGGUUUUGGAGGAACGUUGGACUCGAAUUCACGACCUGCGUUCGACCUAUAUUUCAAAGAGUUAUGGAAGGGUGAGGUUUCUGGUUUGGAACCACCGGAAGCCUUAAGUUCGUUGGACAUUUCUAUACCCAGUGAAGGUAUGUUAUACGACUACGUAUACAACUAUACAUCCAGAGGAUCGUGGAAAAAUUUGUGGGAAGUUGUAAAAAAUAAUAAACUCGAAGAGAUGAGUAGCGUCGAGCAAACUUUAGUACACACGCUCGACACCGCUAGGUAUACGCAUUUAGUCGAAAUGUAUGUCGCUCAUCGUAAGCCAUUAUUACUUUUCGGUCCUACGGGUACGGGCAAAAGUUUUUACAUAAAAAAUUACAUGAUGAACAAGUUAUCCUUGGAUAAGUACAUUCCGUCUUUUGCAACGUUUACAAUUCAGACUACAGUUAAUUUUACACAGGAAAUUUUACUAUCAAAACUCAUAAAACGUAAACGUGGCGUAUAUGGUCCACCGUUGGGAAAAGUUUGUGUGAUUUUCGUUGAUGACAUGAACAUGCCUGCCAAAGAGCAAUAUGGGGCUCAACCACCUAUAGAACUGCUGAGGCAGUUUGUCGACCAUGGUCAUUGGUAUGAUUUACACGAUAAAUCUAAAAUUUAUCUUGAGGACAUUCUUCUAUUGACCGCUAUCGGGCCGACCGGUGGGAGUAGACAAGAUGUGUGUGAACGAUUUUUGCGUCAUUUCGGGCUGUUAGCUAUGAAUUCAUUUGGCGACGAAAAUAUUACUAAAAUAUACUCAACUUUACUUCAAAUCGGCCUGAAAAGGAAUGGUUUUACAUUAGAAGUCGUUCCAAUUAUUGAUAGUAUGAUCCAAUCAACCAUUGAUUUGUACAAAUCAGCUAUUGUUAAUUUACCACCAACUCCUGCGAAAUCACACUAUCUAUUUAAUUUAAGAGACAUCUCAAAAGUUAUAAACGGUAUAUUAAUGUUCCGCAAAGAAAGUUUCACUAAUCGUAAAGUAUUUGUGAGGUUGUGGGUACAUGAAGUGUUGCGAGUAUUUUAUGAUCGGCUUAUUGAAGAUAAAGAUAGAGAAUGGCUAUUUAACGAAAUUCGUUCCAGCGUGAAUAAAAAUUUCCAAGAAACUUUUGAUGUAGUUUUCAAUAACUUAUCAGAUUCAACUCCGAUCAUUUAUCAAGAUAUGGCAAAUCUUUUAUUUACUAACGUUAUGGACGUUGAUGCCUUGAAAGACAAAAAGUAUGAAGAGCCACUUUCUCUGUCGCACUUCGAAGAAAUAGCACAAGCAUUUAUAAAUGAAUACGAUAAGGCACACAAGUCAAAACUCAACAUAGUUCUUUUUAAAUAUGCUCUUGAACAUCUCUCAAGGAUUUGUAGAAUAUUAACGAUACCUGGUGGAUGUGCAUUAUUAGUUGGAGUGGGAGGCUCAGGUCGACAGUCUCUUACUCGACUAGCAGCGGCUAUGUGCAAUUGUAGUGUAUUUCAACCCGAGAUCACGAAAAGUUAUGGAAUAAAUGAGUGGAGGGAUAGUUUGAAAACGGUACUCAAGGAAUCUGGAGGAAAAAAUCAUCCAACCGUAUUUCUGUUCACCGAAGGCCAAAUAAAAGAAGAAUACUUUCUGCAAGAUAUUGAUGCCUUGUUAAAUUCUGGAGAGGUUGCAAAUUUAUUUUCUUUAGAUGAACAACAAAGUAUAUUAGAGAUGGUUAGAUUAGCGGCUCAAGGAGGAAAUAGGAAUUUGGAUAUUGCUCCGCUGGUCGUUUUCAACUAUUUUAUCAAUCGCUGUAAACAAAAUCUGCAUAUUUGUUUAUGCUUCAGCCCGAUUGGCUCAACUUUUAGAAAUCGACUGAGACGCUUCCCUUCCAUGGUCAGUUGUUGUACAAUUGAUUGGUUCGAGGACUGGCCAGAAGCUGCGUUAGAAAUGGUUGCACAUAAAUACUUGGAAGGCGUGAAUCUAUCUAACAGUAUUAAAAACGCUGCAAUCACUGCCUGUCAACAUUUUCAUGUUGACGCUAGGAGACUAUCUUUGGAAUUUCAUUCAACAACACGACGUCAUACGUACGUUACAUCGGCAUCAUAUUUGGAUCUGAUAAAAGCUUAUACGUAUUGCACUAAUCGGAAACAAAAAGAAAUUAUGGAAGCGAAAAUGCGUUAUGUCGGUGGCCUCCAGGAACUAGAGUAUGCCACCGUACAAGUUAGUCAGAUGAAAGAAGAUUUAUUCAAACUCCAACCUCAACUUCAACAAGCACAAAAGGAUACCGAGGAAAUGAUGGUUAUGAUUUCUCGUGAGACAGCUGAAGUGGAAAAAGCUACCGCUAGAGUGCAAGAGGAUGAAAAAGUGGCAAAUGUUCAAGCAGAAGCGGCUAAUGACUUGAAAACAGAAUGUGAAGCUGAUUUAGCUCUAGCUAUACCCGUCUUAGAAGAUGCAAUUGAUGCUUUAAAUACUUUGAAACCAACCGAUAUUACAUUAGUAAAGUCUAUGAAAAAUCCUCCUGAAAUGGUUAAAACCGUGAUGGCAGCUGUGUGCGUGAUGAAAGGCGUAUCACCAGACAAAAUCCCCGAUCCUAAUAAACCCGGACAAAAAAUACUUGAUUAUUGGGGUCCGAGCAAACGCAUAUUGGGUGACAUCAAUUUUUUGCAAAGGUUAAAGGAGUACGACAAAGAUAAUAUUCCGUCUCAAAUCAUGGCUAUCAUACGAAAGACGUAUCUUCCGGACCCGAAUUUCAAACCGCCAAUCGUAGCUAAAGCAUCCAGCGCUGCAGAGGGUCUGUGCAAGUGGAUCAUCGCCUUGGACAUGUACGAUAAAGUCAUUAAAGUUGUGGCGCCGAAAAAAGAAAAAUUGGAAAUAGCUAACGCCGAGUAUGAAGCAACGAUGGCGAUAUUGGAAGAAAAGCGAAACGAAGUCAGGCAAUUACAAGAAAGAUUGGAUUCGCUUAAAGACCGAUUAGAGGAAACUGUUUUGUAUAAAGAAAAACUACUCGCCGAAGUAGCGUUGUGUGAAAGCAAACUAAUUAAAGCUGAAAAACUCAUAGGAAGUCUAGGGGGCGAGAAACAUCGAUGGGCUCUACGUGCCGAAGAGCUUCAAACCAACUACGAUUGCAUACCUGGAGACAUUCUUAUAUCUUGUGGUAUAAUCGCGUAUUUGGCUCCAUUUACAUCACAUUUCCGGUCCUUGAUAGUCAAUGAAUGGAAAAUACUGUGUAACGAUUUAAAAAUUCCUAGUUCGGAGAGUUUUAGUCUAAUUGACGUUUUGGGCAUGCCAAUUAAAAUUCAAAACUGGACUAUAAAUGGUUUACCAAUGGAUUCUUUUUCAAUCAACAACGCCAUCAUUAUGGAUGGGUCCCAAAGGUGGUCUUUACUAAUUGAUCCCCAAGGCCAAGCUAAUAAAUGGAUUAAGACGAUGGAAAAAUCGAACGACAUAAUAGUUGAUAAGUUGACUAAUCCAAAUUAUAUGAAAAGCAUUGAGGUCGGUAUCGAAGUCGGGAAACCCGUAUUAAUCGAAAACGUACUAGAAGACUUGGAACCGCCUCUAGACCCGGUAUUAUUGAAGCAGACGUACAUAAAAGGAAAGUCCAUGUACAUAGCACUCGGGAAUAAAAUUAUUGAAUAUAACCCGAAAUUUCGAUUAUACAUCACAUCAAAGCUUAGAAAUCCACAUUAUCUACCGGAAAUAUUUAAUAAAGUGACCAUUAUCAAUUGCGCAUUAACCGUUGAGGGCCUGGAGGACCAAUUGUUAGGAAUCGUCGUGGCGAAGGAGCGACCAGAUUUGGAGUCGAAAAGGCAACAGUUGAUAGUCGAAGGAGCAGAAAACGCUAAAGCACUGCUGGACGUCGAAAACAAUAUUUUACAAAUACUUUCGGCUCCUGGAAACAUUUUGGAAGAUGAGAACGCGGUUGAUGUUUUAGAUAAUUCUAAAAUAUUAGCUAAAGAAAUCACUCGAAAACAAGCGGCAUCGAUUGAAACCGUUGCAGUUAUCGAUCAAUUUAGGCUACAGUAUAAACCAAUCGCAAACCACUGUUCUAUACUUUACUACUGCAUUACUGAUUUGCCUAAUCUCGAUCCGAUGUAUCAGUAUUCUUUAACUUGGUUUAUCAACAUAUUUACUAUGACAAUCGAAACAGCAAAUAAAUCAAAAAUAAUCAGUAAACGUUUGGAAGCUCUAAAAGAAACAUUUACGUAUAAUUUAUACGCAAAUGUAUGUCGGUCAUUAUUUGAAAAGGAUAAGUUGUUGUUUUCUUUCAUUAUGUGCACUACUGUAAUGCUAGCUGAAAAAAAAAUUGACAAACAAGAACUUAUGUUUCUUGUGACUGGUGGCGUCGGUAUAAAAGAAAAUAUUCUUAAUCCGUUAUCCAAUUGGCUUCCUGAUAAGAAUUGGGACGAAAUUUGUCGUUUAGACGAGCUAAACGCGUACACUGGAUUAAAAGAUGAUUUCAUAAAAAACGAGGACGUUUGGAAAAACUAUCACGAUCUGGCCGAUUUUGGGGACUCCGAAUUCCCCGUUCCUUGGUACGAAAAAACAAGCGAUUUUCAACGUAUUCUUAUCGUGCGCACUAUUAGACCCGACAAAGUCAUACCCGCCAUAACUAAACUUGUAGCGGGCGAACUUGGAGAAAAGUUUAUUUAUCCACCACCGUUUAAUGUGCAGACGUCUUAUGGGGACUCUAGCUGCCUGAGCCCGCUCGUGUUUAUCCUGUCGCCCGGCAUAGAUCCAGUGGCAAGUUUGAUGCAAUUCGCCGACAAAAUGGGACAAGUGAAAGCCCUUCGAAGUGUUUCGCUUGGCCAAGGACAAGGCCCUAUAGCCGAGGUGGUGAUCCGCGAAGCGCAAAAAACAGGCGCAUGGGUGUGUUUGCAAAACUGUCAUCUGGCCACCUCGUGGAUGGGGCAGCUGGAAGAGAUCUGCGAUUCGUUCGACGUGUCCAAUGUCCACAGCGAGUUCAGACUGUGGCUGACUAGCUAUCCUUCGGACAAGUUCCCAGUGUCCGUGCUCCAAAACGGCGUAAAGAUGACCAACGAGUCCCCUACGGGAUUGCAAGCCAACAUACUCCGCAGCUAUCAGUCGUAUCCCGUGAGCGAUCAAAACUUUUUUGAAGGGUGUCCUGGCAAAGAACAGGUGUUCACGAAGCUGUUGUACGGAAUCACGUUUUUCCACGCGGUCGUGCAAGAACGAAGGAAGUUCGGGCACAUCGGAUGGAAUAUACCAUACGAAUUUAAUGAGUCCGAUUACCACAUUUCUAUUCAGCAGCUCCAAAUGUACAUCAACGAGUUCGACGACGUGCCGUUCGAGGCCUUCACGUAUCUGACUGGAGAAUGCAAUUACGGCGGCAGGGUGACCGAUAAUUGGGACAGGCGGACGAUGAACACGAUAUUGAACGUAUUCUGUUGUCCACGCGUAGUGGACGACCCGUAUUAUUUAUUUUGUGAUGUUGACCGGAGAUACGGUGUCCCGUUCCGUACAAAUUACGACGAUUUCAUCAAACAAAUUCGCGAGAUUCCGACCACGGUCAGCCCGGAAGUGUUCGGCUUGCACGUGAACUCAGCAAUCGCCCGUGAUCUGCAGACGACGUCUCAGCUGUUCCAUUCGUACCUGUCGGUAGUGGAGUCCGUCGGCGUCGCGGACGGUCACAAAACGUCGGAAGACCUGUUGGUGGCGAUCGCGUCCGACAUUCUGACAAGGCUCCCGGACGGUCUCGACGUGGAAGCGGCGGCGGCGAGGUACCCGGUCACGUACGCUGAGUCCAUGAACGCGGUUCUCGUGCAGGAAAUGGAACGUUUCAACGCUCUGCUGUCCAUCAUCCGUGAAAGUUUGCGGGACUUGAUAAGGGCUAUCAGAGGCGCUAUCACUAUGACGCCCGAACUGGAAACUAUGGCUUUAUCGUUAUCCGCGGCUAAAUACCCAUCAUUCUGGUCAAAGUUUUCUUAUCCGAGUCUUAAGUUCUUAGGAGGGUAUAUAAGUGAUUUUAUCGAACGACUUAAUUUCAUGCAAACAUGGCACGACAACGGCAAACCUGACGAUUUUUGGCUCAGCGGAUUCUUUGCCGCCCGAUCGUUUCUCGCGGCCGCGCUGCAAAACUUCGCCCGCCGUCACGCGACACCCGUCGACCGGUUGCGUUUCGAUUUCCAAGUGCAGCGACGCGACCGGGCCGACGCACCGCCCGAGAACGGAGUCUAUUGUUACGGGCUGUUUUUGGACGGAGCUCGUUGGGACCGGUCCAGAAUGGUGUUGGACGAACAGUUGCCGAAAGUACUCACGGACGUGUUGCCGUUGGUGUGGUUCAUACCUACGAAAAAAGACGAUUUACACAUAGGAAACAGGUAUACGUGUCCGGUGUACAAUACUUCUGAGAGAAGAGGAAUAUUGUCUACGACGGGCCACUCCACCAAUUACGUAUUACCGAUAUUUCUCGACACCGACGAGAAUCCGUCUCAUUGGAUACACCGCGGCGUUGCUUUGCUAUGUCAACUAGACGAAUGAAAAAUAGUAAUCUUACUGUAUGACAUGUGGACAAACACGUUCAAUAGAUAGUAUUCACAUGAUCGG